AUGUCUCCCCCACGCCUCCCAUCCGACAAGCUAGAUGUCGAAGAAGUCUUUAGCGACUCCAAGUCCUCCGUAGGAAGCUACUCGAACAGAAACUCCGCAGUCCCCGAUCCCUCCCCAAGCGUCACCAGACUCUCGGACUCGGAUCACUCCUUGGUCUGUCAGUCUAUCGGCGCGCUCUCGGUAGAUGAAAGUGGACGAGUCCAACACCCAACAUCCUUCCUCUACCCACCAAAAGGCCUCCCGAACGGCCUCUACAAGGACGUGGUCCGCUCCCGCACAAUCUCGCAAUACCAGUACUACCUCUCAUCAUUCAUGUUCACGUCCGCUCUCAUCCUGCAACUUCUCCUCGGAGCGGCGCUUACGGGUAUUGGAUCGACGUCGGCCGGGACAAGCACAACGAUCACUGUGCUUGCGGCCGUCAAUACCGUCCUUGCGGGUGUGCUGGCUUUGAUGCACAACUCUGGCUUGCCGGAUCGUUACAAGAAUGACUGGACGGAGUUCGACGAGGUGGAGAUGUACCUCAAUGAGUUGGUCGAGGCAGGCAUCGUGAGUAGUGGGUGGAGUCGGGAUCAGGUUAUCGAGCAUUGCUUUGCGCUGUACAGGCGGGCUAAGGGCACAGUGGCCAAGAACAAGCCGUCAGCGUAUGCGUCGACUUCGAGUCCAGCUGCGAAGAGCUCGACGGCCCUGACGAGGCAGCCUUAG